AUGUCCUCCGUCGCUCGCGCCAUCCGCCCCUUCACUUCCCGGGUACUUUCCCAGAAGCCUCUUGCCUCCGCCUGCCAGGUUUCGCCUGCUUUCCGUUUCCCGCGGGGAACUAGGAGCUUCUCCCAGAGCCCUCUCUGUGAGUGCCAUGAACCCCCAAUGCUGUUAAAUGCUGCCCAGGACGAUGUACAAGACAAAUGGACCGGCACCCAGCUGAAGAAGUACACAGAGUCGCACGAAUGGAUUGAGCUGGCCGACGGCGGCAAGACUGCCAAGAUCGGUAUCACCGAAUACGCCGCCCACUCCUUGGGUGAUGUAGUCUUCGUAGAGCUUCCCGAGGUCGACCUCGAGGUCGUCGCCGGAGAGCCCGUCGGCGCUGUCGAGUCCGUCAAGUCUGCCUCCGAUGUCCUCUCCCCUGUCGCCGGCAAGGUCAUCAAGGGUAACAGCAUCCUCGAUGAUAAGGCUAAGACUAUCAACGAGAGCCCCGAGGGUGAGGGCUGGAUCGCUGAGAUUGAGGUUGCUGAUGUUGCUGAGCUCGAUGCGUUGCUCGAUGAGGCUGCCUACAAAGAGACCAUCGAUGCUUAG